CGGUUAACUGUCUACUUCCAUUUUUGUAGGUUUCGUGUAGUUAUAAAAGAUAGUCUCAAUCGGCUCGAUUCGCCUGCGUUGCAAUGGGAAAGAUCCCCUCUUUUAAGGAUGAAUUCACUUUCGACCAAAGGCUUGAAGAAUCCCGCGAUAUCAUUGCCAAAUAUCCCAAUCGGGUCCCUGUGAUUGUGGAAAGAUACUCAAAAGCAGAUCUUCCAGAAAUGGAAAAGAAAAAGUAUCUGGUUCCUCGGGACAUGUCUGUUGGACAAUUCAUUCAUAUCUUAAGCUUGAGACUUCGUCUGAGCCCUGGAAAAGCACUGUUUGUGUUUGUGAAGAACACGUUGCCACAAACAGCUACGCUUAUGGACUCUCUCUAUGAAUCUUUCAAAGAGGAUGAUGGUUUUCUGUAUAUGUGUUACAGCAGUGAGAAAACCUUUGGUUGUGCUACUAAUCAGAUUACUCAAGUGUAAGCUUUGUGCAUUAUUGUAAAGUUCCUUGGUUCCUUUCGUUCUCUGGAUGAUGGAUCCUCAAUAUUGAAGCUCAGCCUGGUAUUGUAGUGUUGUAGCUUGCAUCACUCAUUCUGUAAAUCCUUAUAACAUUAACUCAUUCUACAAGUUAUUGUUAUCAAUAUCAAUGAACUUGAACACAAAUAUGUAAUCUUGCAUUCAUUGUGUGACUUCGUAUUGACAUCUCAAUUCUGUUUCUAUGAUGUUGUAUUUUGUUGUCUAAUGGGAAAAGAAAGACCCUCACUUAAGGAUUAUUGAAA